AAACUCCUGUCACAAUUAUUGGAGUGUAUCACAAAUUGCGUUGAACACAAAAUCAAUCACAAAGAUUUUCCUCCGCAUAGCCAAGAGUCUUCAUAGCCGCAUACUUCCCAUGUUACGACUCCACGUCGGCAAAAAUGCACCCAAGUACUACAAGGGCAAUUGGUCCUUUGACUCGACGAAGGACGCCCUGAAUUUUGAGCCGUACCACGAUCUGGAGGAUGUCGAGGAGCGGUACAUAUCCACGAAUUCCUUCAACUUUCUCCGAACCAUAACCCAGGAGGAAGAGCUUGUUUUUCGGCAUGUUUACGGAAGAGACGAUACGACUUACGAUACCAGAGCGGUGGAGCUCAACGAUAUACGCGAUCUAGUACUGUUUUUAAUGCCAAGUGAGUUUCUGAGACCAAAAUUCGUCGAAUUCAUGCACCACCAGGCGGUGUAUCACCUCCUUCAUUCGCUGACCAUCUACUUUGAGUACUACCUCCGGAUGGUGGAGUUCGUACUGAUACGACGGGAUGAAAUUUCCGGCGAAAAGGCCCAGAUUCAGAACGAGCAAACGAAUGAUAUGAAGCGGGUAUUCUCCGUAUAUUUGAGUCAAUAUCGGAUGCUGGUGGCCCGCAAUUACAGUGUGAUCAUCAAGGGCGAGGGCGACUUGGAAAAGUUCUACCACAUGAAGAAGCUCGUCAACAUUUCGCAAAGCAUUUGGGACAAGAACUUUCACGAGCAGUUACUCGCAUGCAGUACUCAGAUCGUGUGGAUUGCGAUGCAUCGCAGGGCCUACAAUGUCAUCGAAAUGGAGAUGAAUCGGCUGUUUCGCUCCGAGCACUUUGUCACGAGUCGUCCGGAGUAUCUGAGCUUCACACCGGCGGAGCGGAGUCUUCUGUAUGGCCGCAACAGCAAGAUCGUCAAUUAUCGCACUCAGGUGUCGCCCCUCAUCCAGGAGCUGCAGCACAUUCGGGCGGAGGACCUGCCCAUUCUGUGGAUUGGGGAGCGCAAGUAUCGUGGCACUGACAUUCGCAUCAUGGAGAUGGAGCUGGAGUACAUUGUGCCGGGACCCCAGUUGCGUCUAAUCGACGUGGCCCAUGGUAUUUUGGGGCAUCCCAAGAAGCUCUACAACACCCUCCUGGAGCUCGACUGGCCCUCUGUACGCUACUCAAACUUCUCCAAGCAUCACGACCCGUAUCACAUCAUUAGGCAGCCCCAUUUAGACAUCCCAAAGAUAGAUGCAAUGAAGAUGCGCCAAAUGACCGUGCAAUAUGAGCACUUCUACGAAAUCCACAACCUAUUCGAGACGUGCCAUCGCCAGGUGAUCUUCAAAUGGCUGCGUCGCGAGAAGAUCAUCAAGUUCUAUCGCUCUGGGGGUCUGCUCACGAACAUCGUCUCGCGCUGCGAGAAGGAGCUGGCCACCACUGCGCAUGGGCCCCGCGUGGAUCAGAUAAUCGCCAAUUACUUCAAGGUCAAGAGCCGCCUGCGCAAGGAAGCGCAAAGCAGAGAAGGAGAUGAUGACACCGUGGCUUCCGGCCGCAUCGGAAAUGCUUCGCCUAAAGAAAAGAACCAGGUCGCGGAUAUGUUUUACGAUUAACAAUAACCUGGUUCGGACAUCAGGGUUUCUUUGAGUUUAGUUUCAAAUUAUUUGUUAUUCAGUAAAGGUAAGAACUUUUAGUAUCGAACCAAAAAUGAUCAAAAAUAUGUCGGCUGUUAUCCCAACGAUUUCCGUUCCCAGAAGUCUUGGCAUCUGAUUCCAUAUCGUCCAUUAUUUUUUCCCAUCCUUAAGCUCCGGCCCGUUUGCCGCAAAGAUUAACUAAAUCCCAUACAAAAGUUGUAUAAAAUUUUAGAUUAUAGUAAAGUAUUAAAUCCACACUAAGAUCCAAUAAUGGCUAGAUCUGAUCAUAUAUGAAUGGAAAAUUUUCGUUUGAAACAAAAUGUUGAUACUAAAUGGAAUAGAUUUUGUAUCGAAAAAUCGUAUUAAAAAUUCAAAAAUAGUGUUCAAUAAAUACCUUGGAAUAGUUUGAUUCUCUGGAUCUGGAUCUCUAUAAAUAUCUCUAGUGGCGAUUGCAGACUUUUCUUUCCCACUGUUUUGAGAUGUCAUCAGCUGUUCUUCAGAUUAGAUUAUCGAGGAGGGAAAUCUGCCGGCGCCUCCUAACAGU